CUGAACGCAAAUAAUUCUAUAUAUGCAGAAAAGACGGUUUUUAUUUGGAAGAUUUUAACGAGGCAAACGCAAUGGCUUUACUGUUCAAGGACCAAGCUAAGCUUUCAGCGUACCGGGACAGAAAAUUCAAUGGUACGCAAGAGGAAUUCGAGCAAGCACUCCUGAAUUCGACAACCGUCUACAUCGGAAACAUGUCGUUUUACACAACUGAAGAACAAGUUUACGAGCUUUUCUCGCGAGCCGGUGAAAUUAAGAAAAUAAUCAUGGGCCUUGACAAGAACUCUAAAACACCUUGUGGCUUUUGCUUCGUCUUGUAUUAUUCUAGGGAAGAUGCAGAGGAUGCUGUGAAAUACAUUAGCGGGACAAUUCUCGACGACCGUCCGAUUCGUGUAGAUUUUGAUUGGGGAUUUGUUGAAGGAAGGCAAUGGGGUCGUGGUCGAAGUGGUGGCCAAGUGCGAGAUGAGUAUCGAACUGAUUAUGAUCCUGGCAGAGGUGGCUAUGGAAAAUUAGUUCAGAGAGAGUUGGAAGCACAAAGGCAGCUUGUAGAUUAUGGUGCUGGAUCACUGGGCUCAUUCCCACCACUUAUGCCCCCUCAUUAUGGUAGGCAUGGUGGGGGCCAUGGUCAUGGGGGUUCUAAUCGUCAUGGGAGAGAUUACAAUCGGAAGCGACACCGAGAUGAUGACCGCUACACGCAUGGUUCCUCAAAGAGAACCUCAGAUCAUGAAUUUAGGAGAAACUCUGACCAUGACUCCAGACCGGAGAAGAAUCCACGUUUUCGUGAGAGUGGUGAUUCUGAUGAUGAUGAAGAAGAUGAUCGGAAACGGCGACCUUAAUGGAUUCUUCAGUUGUGUGGGGUGGUAUCUGGAGUAACUUUUGGCAAUUUUAAGAGGUGCUGCACAUGUUGGACAAUGUCGAGUGUUUUUUGCUACAAUUGUUGGGCGCCAACUGCUGCUUAAGCGCUUGCCUACCGAUAGGGCAUUAUGCUGCUGCUGUCUUAGAUCUUGGUUUUAGGCUUUUGUUGUAUGAUUAAAGGUGAACUGUUGAUGAUUGAUUUUCUUUUAUUUUUUUCCAACUAAUGUGCUCAUGGUGUUAUAUUGGCUUUGAUUCUAUCUAGCAUCACUCUGGCUGAAUUUUAGUUGUA